AUGGCUUUCUUUAGAAAACCAAUAUUGCUGGUCAUAUUGGUGGUGAUGAUGUCUACUUUGGGAUCUACUACGGCGACUGUGUAUGAAGUUGGUGAUUCUUCGGGAUGGACUUUCAACUACAACUAUGAACAAUGGGCCGCUUCAAAGCAUUUUCAACUUGGCGAUGCUCUCAUUUUCAAUUACGAUCCACACUUUCACAACGUAAGGCAAGUAGACAAGAAGAACUACAACGAUUGCACGGAUCAUAACCCAAUGGCUAGCUUCAACACGGGCAGCGAUACACUCACACUUGAAACACCGGGCAUAUACUACUUUAUGUGUGAUAUUCCUGGUCAUUGUGCAUCGGGACUCAGAUUUCAAAUCAAAAUCGAUAUGCCAAGGAUUCUACCCGUGGAUCCAGAAACACCUCCUCCUCCUUCUCCUGAUCCUUAUAAGAGUUUUCCUAAUAUUCCUGGUUAUCCCGCUAAAAAUCCUGCUACUUCUAGCAAUGCUGGUUCAUUAUUCAAGU